GGCUGCCUCCUCCUCCUCCUAAAGUCGUCCACUCUCCAUCCUCAUCCAUCCAUCAUCAUCGACUCGUCCUACCGGCACCACGUCUCGAGUCCACCGCACCAGAUGCCCGAUUCAGCCUUUUGCAGCCUUCCCGCAGCGACGAUGGCCGGUGGUGUGACGGCAUUCCCGGCGGUGUUUGUACUGCUGGCGCUCGUCCUCGUGUCGAGCGUGCCGUCCACCACGCUGGACUUUGGGCAAGUUCCUACGGCCACCUACGUGACCGACACCAGUUACGACGCCGGCGCCAUCGGAACGCUCUUCUUGAUGAUGCACAAGUUUCUGGACCUCGUUCAGCCGAAUUCAUUUCCUCACGAGCUACUCGCCAAAGCUAUGAAGCAAGGUUUUGGAGUCGUACACAAGGACUAUCGCCAGAUCAUCCGCUAUGAGCUCGGCUUUAUCGUGUGCGUGGCUUUGGGCGUCGCCUUCCUGCUGCUGCUCCCGCUGGCGGGCUGCUGCAUGUGCCGCCGCCGCCGCUGCUGCGGGAACCGCCGCGGAGAGAUGCUUCGGAGGCCACGGAAGAACGACGACUGCAAACGCAGCUGCCACGGCGCCUCGCUCCUCCUCGUCACGCUCGCCAUCGAGGCGGGCAUUGUGUGUGCCUACGUGGCCAACAACAAUGUGACCAACAACAUCCGGCAGUCGGAGAGCCUGCUGUCGAGCAACUUGAAGGACGUCCGGACCCUGCUCAACAAUACGCCCCGUCAAAUCGACUACAUCGUUGAAAAAUACAACAUCACGAAGGACAGGGCGGUUUCCGAUCUCGACCACGUGGGACCGUUGCUGGGCCAGAGGAUCCAGAGGCGGCUGGGCACGAAGGUUUAUCCCGCGCUACGGGCUGCCCUGCAGAUGGCCGACGUGAUGUUGGCGACGCGCCUGGCGCUGCUGGACAUCAACACGUCGCUCUCGGUGCUGCGCGACAGCUCCGAGAGGCUGCAGAGGAACUUGACGACCGUGCGCAGCGGCCUUAACGCGACCCUCAAUGACCCCGUGUGCCAGAGGGCACAGCGGUGCGUCGCCAUGUCGGGGCAGCUCGUCCUGCUGAAUAUCCACGCCGACUUCAGCUUGCCGCAGGACGUGUCCCGGGAAUUGGAGCAGGUGAAGAGACUGCUAGACACCAACUUUACAGCGAUGGUUGACAAGGGUUAUGCAGCUUUUAAUGGCACGCCUGAAAUCAUCGCACAGCAAACGAGAAACAUUGCUGCAGGCGUGAAGGAUCUACUGGACCACGUGGGCACCAGCAUCAAGACGACGGCGAGGCAGCUGCCCCUUCAGCUCGUGGUGCACAACGGCACCAAGUACCUGGACAUGGGCCAGGCGCUAGUGCACGAGCACCUGCCCACGGUCGCCCAGUACGACUUCUACAGGUGGCUCGUGUGCGUCGUCCUCUGCUCGCUCGCGGGCCUCGUGGUGCUGCUCAACCUGCUGGGCCUGCUGUGCGGCACGUGCGGCUACGGCGAGCACGCCGGCGGAAACUUCCUAAUGGCUGGCGUCGGCUUCAGCUUGACCUUCUCGUGGCUGCUGAUGCUGGUGGUGACGCUCACGUUCGUCCUGGGCGGGAACGUGGAAAAGCUUUUCUGCCAGCCCUUGGCCGACAAGAACCUCUUCAAGUUCUUCGAUACGCCAAAUCUGUUCAAGCCGAAGCAUCUCUUGCCAGGAGUUCUCUUCAACAAUCCAGACCUGAACAUUACCAUUGAGGGCGUAUACAGUGAUUGCAAAAGUAACACAGGGAUCCAUUCUGCUUUUCAACUCUCAAAUCUAUUCAACUUGGACAGCCUCCUAAACAUCACUCGGUAUACGGAUGACAUCGCAAGCAAAUUUGACCCCAUCAAUGUGAACCUGUUGGACAUGAAGCUGCUGGAACCCAGUGUCAAGCAGAGCCUGCUGGACUUCGCAACGACUGGAAUCGGCAGAAUCGACUUCAGCGCAUUCAGCGCAGAGCUCAACAAAGGCAUUUCUGAGGUUGAUCUGCUUCUGUUUGCCGAUGAACUCAGCGAAAAAGCUAAACACCUG